ACAAUUACCAGUAUAACUUUGAAUGGACACUGGUUAAAUCUGUUGUCACCUUGUCUCCUUACCAGGAAGUAGAGGAUAUUAGCCUAUCAGGAGUGUUAUGGAGAGGCUGUGUGUCGGAUGAGAGGUGGAACACAUCCCCAAAGGUGAGGGGAUUACGGGUUUAGAACCCACUUCACAAGGUCAGCCGCCGCCUGAAGUACGCAUGGGGAAACACUUGCGGUAUAAAUGUGAACAUUGGUGCAUAGCCACUACUAUCAGUCAUGUAUUUAAUGGUUUCACUCCUGUCUCACUUUCUUUUUCCUCAACCACCCAUGGCCACUCCUCUCUGGAGGAUGAAGCACUUGACACGAGUAUUUGCAUGUCAAAAUGCAGAACUGCUGCAUUGCUCAAAUCCUUGAAUUUUUCAGCACAAGUUCCAGUCAGGAAUUCAGGAUAGCGUGCCCAUGGGCCGCCGGACUCAGGUGAGAUGUGACCUUGCCCGCCCCCGGCUAAUCCCGCCCUGAUGGGGUCCAGUCAAGACCGGUCACAUCAGUGUCAUGACCCCUAGUGGGGACAGCGUGCCUGCAGCAAAGGGUGUCUCUCGUCGCAUCGAGGCAUGCGAGAAUGACGGAUGAGGUCAUCGCGUUUGGAGCUUUUUUCUCCGCGCUGUUUGCAUCAUCCCCCAGCCCCACUGACAACAUGUUCUUGUGUGCACUGAAGGACGCUUCAUUAGGAGCCUUCCUGGGGCUGGGAGUCACCAUUUGCUGCCAUGGGAAGCGUGUCACGGAGCGUCAGCUGCUGUGGAAAGAGAAAAGAGGAAGGGCGUGUGAUAUACGAUUGGCCAUCCACGUGUGGGGAGCCGUCCUGGCAGGAGCAGCAUCCUUCUCUCUCGCUGCUCACGCCGCCGCCGCUGCUGCUGCUGCUGCUGCUCUCCUCUCUUUUCGGGGCGUAGAAAAGAAGAAGAGCGACUGAGGCGGGGAGAGCGAGCGAGAGAGAGAAAGGGAGAAGCCCUCAGACGAGCAUCGAGGCUGACACACACUCGCAGAGAGGAGCUGAGAGAGGGAACAGUACUUGGAACGUUGCAGGGUGUUGCCCUGGCCUGGAUAGUCCUACUGAGGUCUAAAUUGGCUGUCAAAGUGUACCAACUUGUCGGAUUACAUCCUCACCCUUCAACUAUCAAGACUCCACCCGGCCGAUCAAGUGGAUGAGCGAUGGCGAGGCCCUACAAAGCAAACCCUUUUCCCAGCCUGGCGCUCCACCUCCAUGGCCUCGACUGUCCACUGUACAAGCAGUAAGCAGCGCCUGUGAGGAAGGACGUCUUCAUUUAUGACACCCUGAGGUUCAGUUUGUGCAGAAAACCCCAAAAGCCAACUUGGAGGAGUCUUUAGUCGUGCAGUGUUGGAAGCCCUUGGAAGGACCCGGAGCCUGAGGGUGGCCCCACCAUGAUGGUCCCCUCCUCUGGCCUCCUGCUGGUGCUGAUGUGCUGCCCCCUGCUGGGCCUGGUCCAGUCUGCCAGCGGCAACAAGGCCAGCGACAACAAACUCGGCGAAUCGGACCCUCAGCGCUGCAUGAGGCACCACUUUGUCGAGACCAUCGCCCACCCCAUAUAUAAGUGCAACUCCAAGAUGGUUCUGCUGGCGCGGUGCGAGGGCCACUGCAGCUGGACCACGCGCUCCGACCCGCUCAUCUCCUUCAGCUCGGUGCUGAAGCAGCCCUUCAAGAGCACCUGCUCCUGCUGCCGGCCGCACACCUCCAAGCUCAAGGCGGUGCGGCUGCGCUGCGCCGGCGGCACACGCAUCACCGCCACCUACAGAUACAUCCUGGCCUGCAACUGCGAGGAGUGCAGCUAAAGCUAAGCUCAUUCUCCGCCGCGUAGAACCAUUUUUUUUCCCCUUCUUAACCCGACAUGUGCCGGAUGUUUACCGGAGCACACCUGCACCGCCUCCCUCUCUCGCCCAGUAACAUUUGACACGCUCCUCCGCAGGGUUUUUUUUGGCGAGGUGGUCAGGUGGACUAUAAAAAGAUGGCGGCGGUGGCGUCAGACCGUGUGAGGCGUUUCUUCAAUGUGGUCUAUUUGAAUCUCCUGUAAUAUCACGCUGGAUUUAUGCAAGCUUCUCUCGCUCUCUCUCUGGGAGGAAACUUUUCUAGUCCUCCUCCAAGAAUAACACAAUCUCACACUGACUCACUGGCACCCCCGGGGUCAAAUCUUGGAGCCAUCACGUGAAGUCACGGCCGGUUUAUUCUGUCCAUUGUGGUGUUCUCCCUUCAUUAAAGUACACAUUUUGUCAACGCAAACUAAGGAUUUAGCUCAUAUUUGAUUUGGAUUAAUUUUACAAUAUUAAUUCAUCUCCUUUCCACUUCCAGUCAUCCAACGUUUCAGUACUGAACUACUAAGGCCAUUACAGGCUCUUUGACGCCCUCUGCCGGACAGUUGUGUAAUACACACCACCAUGUUAUUUUCUGAUGAAGUGCAAAAAAAAACAACCUUAACUUCUCAAAAAGUUUUGUUUUGUACGAGUUGGUUUUAUGGCAGUAAGACAGCACAGACAUCUUAAAUACAUCACUAUUAGAGUUACAUACGUAUAACUAGUCCCUUUGUGGGAUAAAUUUAGCAAUUUAACUAAUAAUGUAUUAGUUAUUUAUGGUUAU